AAACCCUCCGGCAAAGGCUUCGGCGCAAAUCUCCACAAAAUCACAACAACAGCCGGCAUCCCCUUCAACAAAGCCGCCAACCUCGUCGGCGCAGAAGGCUGGUUCCCGCAAACCAUGCCCCGCGAGUGCGCAAAGGCAGCACGCAUCCUCCACGCCUUCACCGCCCUCGGCCCGGAACCCCCUUCUUCAAAGGGGACCUCCGCGCCCCUCCACCCGCUCGGCAUCACCCGCCGCUCCAUGGUCACCAUCCCCCACCAAGUCCUAGCCCACUGCGCCGGCCUCGCCAUAUUCAACACCCUCCGCGCGGGUGCCUACAUGGGCUCCCUCGCCGCCGGCUCCGGCAUCGUCGUUGCGCGCAGACCCGACGGAACAUGGUCCCCUCCCUCCUCCUUCGUCGUAUCCACCCUCGGCGCAGGCUUCAUGUUCGGCCUCGACAUCUACGACUGCGUCCUCGUCCUCAACACAGCAGCCCAGGUCGCAGCCUUCACGCACCCGCGCGUCUCCCUCGGCACAGAAGCCUCCGUCGCCAUCGGACCCGUAGGCACAGGCGGCGCCGUCGAAGCCGCCGUCUCAAAGACAGCAAGGCCAAUGUACAGCUACAUGAAGUCCCGCGGGCUCUGGGCAGGCGUACAAAUCGACGGGACAAUCAUCCUCGCGCGACAGGACUGCAACAGCGUAGCCUACGCGGACCGACGCAUCUCGGCCAAGAAGAUUCUGCAGACGCAGGCGGAGUGGCCCGAGGGAUCGAUGCCGCUUUGGCAGACGCUGAUGGCGCUUGAGGGGCGGUAUUCGAUGGAUCCGGCCAUUGCGAGGGAGGUGGCGAUGAUGGGACCGCCGGGGGAUGCUACGCCGCCGCCGCCGCCGAUGGAGGAUGACGAUGAAGGUAUCACGAACGCGCCCAAGGAUGCCGAGGAAGAGCCUGUUUUGGAAGAAAAGGAGAGACUUAGGCGAGCGGGAUACUAA